CAGAUGUCUAGACCAAAACUUCACAUGUGCACCCUGAUUUGAUGGCUCCUCUGACAAAAGCCCAAGUUGAUAAUUUGCUCGAUGAGUUGAGGCCGCACGUGAACACCGACCAGGGCAAGGUGUCCCUUGGUAUACAAGCAUAUAGAAAGUUCUUCACUGCCUAUCCACAGCAUAUUAAUCUUUUCUCUCGGCUACAAGGCCUAGACGUAACUAAUGUCUUCCAAUCUGAAGGAAUCAAGCAUUACGCAAGAGCCUUAAUUGAUGGUAUUGUGAAGAUUGUGAACUCAGCAGCUGAGGAUGCGCAGUUUAAAAAUGCAGUAGAAGCUAAUGCAGUACUCCACGCGACAAGAAAUGUAACCAAGAAUCAAUUCAUGAGCGCAGAACCAUUCUUCAUCGAGGGUUUCAAGUCUGUUCUGACUAAACAAGAAAACAAAGAUGCCAUGGAGAAGCUAAUGAAAAUCGUUUUUUCUACGUCUCCCAACUACCUCCCGUGAAUGAAAAGUUGGCGAAUGCAUUGGUAGAAAUUGUUGUACUUAUACUUUCAUCAUUAAAACCAUAAAUACCAAGC